CUCUGUCUGUCUCUGUCUCUCUCCCCUUUUGGAGAUUAAACCAGAUCUUCCUACACUAAAUAUACUAGCCAACAUCUCUUCCAGUAAGUUAUACCCUCAACCCUGAAACUUCCUCCUAACCCAAGUUAACCUUGCUGUGAUGGAUCAUUAUCCAUUUGUAAACCACACCACCAUCUCUGUCUCACUCAAAUAUUGUCUGGUUCUCGUUUAUCAGACAGGUUAUGGAGGAGCUGGUGGAUGAAGGUUUGGUGAAAGCCAUUUGCAUCUCCAGUUUCAACCACUUCCAAAUCAAAAAGCUCUUGAACAAGCCUGGACUAAAAUAUAAAUUAGUCAUUAUCAGGUAAAGUGUGUUUACUAAAGAGGUUUGCUCUAUUAUUUCUGAAGUGUUUGGAGGCAAGUUCAAUGCUAUGGACUAAGUCUCAUCUCGGGGCUCAGUGAUCAGGAUGCUGAAGUAGAAUGCAGAUCUACAGGUCUGGUUUAGCAAUUCUGUUUGGAAAGCUCUUGAACAAGCCUGCUCUGAAGUAGUAACCAGUGACUAACCAGGUAAAUGCUGCAUGGGGUCUUGCCCUGUUACUUAAGUGUUUGGAGGAAAGUUCAGUGCUGUGUCCUGAGUCUCAUCUCAGGGGUCAGUGCUUAGGAUGACUUGGGGAUGUGGGAAAGAGAUCUUCAGGUCUAAAUAAGUAAGUCGGUCAAUGGGCAGUGUUUGAUCUGUGCAUGGUUUGCUUUUUUGCAUGUAGAACUUCCCAUUGGUCCCCCAAAUGCAGGCCACCUCCCCUACUGAUGCAGAUUGUUCACUCUUGCAGGUGGAGUGUCACCCAUACCUCACCCAGGAGAAACUGAUCCAGUACUGCCACUCCAAGGGCAUAACUGUCACUGUCUACAGCCCCCUGGGCUCUCCAGAUAGACCUGGGGUCAAGCCAGACGACCCUUCACUACCAGAGGAUGCCAAGACUAAGGAGAUUGCUGCAAAGCACAAAAAAACCACAGCCCAGGUUCUGAUCCGAUUCCACAUCCAGAGGAAUGUGGCAGUGAUCCCCAAGUCUGUGACACCAGCUCGCAUCACUGAGAACUUUCAGGUCAUUGACUUCAAAUUGUGUGAUGAGGAGAUGGCAACCAUCCUCAGCUUCAACAGAAACUGGAGGUCCUGUAUUAUACCUGGCAUGGCGCAUUUGGAGGAGCAUCCUUUUGAUGCCAAAUAUUGAAGCUGUAUGAUGUGAUUAGAUGAUAAGAAGGAUACCAUCUCCUCACUGUGUGGAACUCACUCCCCGUGAGACCUGUUUCAGCCAAGCUUUGCGGAAGCCGCGUUGUACCUGAGCUCACUGCAGGCAGACUGUAGGCAGUGCUGUUCUGAGAGAGCCUGUGUUCCAUCAGGAGCAGACAUCAUUGCAAAGCGUGACUCAUGACAAUGUUUUCACUUAUUCGAUCUGUGCAGAUGUUUGUUAAAUGCUAAGAACUCUUCUAACAUUGAGAAUAAAAUAAUAAAACUAAU